GAGCUGAUAUCCAAUAUUAUUAAUUUGAUAUCAAUUACAAUUACAACGCAUUAAUUAAUGGUGAGAAUUUGAACUUAAACACGAGAAAAAUAUUUUGUUCGAAAAUAGUAUUUACGAUUUCUGAUUUGUAUAAAAUUGAUACAUAAUAAUAAAUGUUUAAGUUAUGAUAAGAUAAUUAAGAUAUGUAAUAUGUUAACAAUAAUUAGACUUUGGAUGCUAUUUUUAUGAACACAACUAAAGAAAUGAAACCUACAGAGAAUUUGUUUUAUUUUUUAAAUAUUAUAACAUGUUGCUAUGGAUAUCCUGUACAUUUUUAUAGACAAAUUUUUCAUAAAUACAUACGCAUCCGCAACCUAGGGAUAAUUUAUAAAUUUGGGAAUUUUAUUCUGCUAUUUAUUUCAUGAUACAUUUUUAUAUACUUAUUUAUAUAGUUAAAAUAAUAUAUAACUAUACUAUAAACAGCUGUAUUCAUUUUCUAAAUGAACUAGGAAACUUAAUAUUUUAUAUUAAUGUCGAAUUUGAGUUUGAGUUUCAUUUUUCUUUCAGUACAUUAGAAUGUCGAAUUUUAUUUUAUAAGUAAUAUUGUAUAGUUGGUAAUGGCGUAUGUCAGUUACAUGAUAAUUUUAAUGUAACUGUACGUAUUUAAUAAUGUUUGUAUAAAUAUGAAAACUGUAUUGUAUUCUUGCACAGUUCAUAAACAAAAAAUUUUAUUUUAAAGAUUUCAUUGUAAUUUAUGAUCAAAUAAUUCCUAUCUUUAAAUUACAAACAUGUUGAUUUACGAUGUUCUACAUAAAGAAACAGUAUACCAAUCAAUUGUCAGUGAUCUUCGUAAUUACGGAGUUAAGUAUCGUUUUAAAAAAAAUAUGUUUAAAGCAGAACGAUCUGAAGGGAAACGCAUUUUGAAAAAAGUUUUCAAGACUUCUUUAUUGUACCAACCAUUGGAUGUUGUGAAUUUAUCUUCUGGUGCCAUUGUGCAUGUGCCUGUUUUUGUGAGUCAUGCAUCCACAUUUUUAGAAAAGUAUAUCACUCAGGAAGGAUUAUUCAGAAAAGCAGGAUCACAACUUAGACAAAAGGAAUUAAUAAUUCGUUUAGAUAAUGGUGGCAGUUUAGGGGAAAAACAUCAUGCCAUUGAUGUAGCUAAUUGUUUAAAAACAUUCUUCAGAGACUUACCAGAACCAUUGAUUCCAUACACGUACCAUGAUUUAUUUGUACAUUGUGUCAUGCUUAAAACUUAUUGUGUACAAGCAUUGUUAUUAGCUUGUAUUCUUUUACCACCACAUCAUCUAAAUACUCUGGCAUUUUUUAUGGAAUUUUUAAAGAAAGUAGCACAAUAUGAGAAACAAAAUAAAAUGGGCAUUGAUAAUUUAGCAAAAGUUAUUGGUCCAAAUAUAAUGCCUCUGCAAGAAACCACUAUGUCUGCUGUGCAAAUGCGUCUUGAAUUACACUUAAUUGUUGUUAAGAUUUUAAUUGAAAAUGCAGAAAGUAUUGGUAUUUUACCAGAUCAUAUAACACAAGCUAUUUCUAUGGAAACAAUUGGCAGUACAGAUAAUGAGUUAGAUGUAUCUGAUCAUCUGCGUUCAAAAUUCAAAAAAAAGAAACAUCGCAGUGGAAGCCUUACACGUAAGCCACAUCUAAGUGCCUCCAACCUCAAUCUAAGAAUGUUUAAUGGUCUAAAAAAGAUUGUUGGCAAAAAUGCUGCAUCUGAAGAUAGUAACACAUGUGAUAGUCAAAGGAUAUCUGAAAAUGCUAAUUCAGUACAUACAUUAAAUACUAAGCCCACAAAAAAAAGGAAAGUUGAUUAUAUAGAUCCACCAAGUACAAAGAAGAAAAGAGUUGUAGAUAAAGCAGAUAAAUCUAAAAAGAUUAGACUUAGUUUGGAUCGUUUUGUACAGAGAAAGCCAAAAACUGUUGAUGAAAGUACAGAAUCAUGUAAGAAUACUUUUGAUACUCAGGCAGAACGUCGUUGGAGUUCUGUUUGUGACUCAUGUGGUGACUCACAAAGAACAUACAGAGCAUAUAGUGAUAGUUCAUCACAUAUGAAAUUAAUUCUAAAAGACAGUGAAGUAUCAAACGACCUUCACAGAGAGUAUAAUAAUAUGUUUGGUGAUGCAGAUGUUAAUUUAUCAGAUGAUAGUGACGAGCAGGUCUUGUUAACAAAAGAUGAUAUUAAAUCUAGUAAAUGGCACACACAGUUAAGUACAAGUUCGGAAGAAUUAAAAGAUCUAGGUAAUUAUAAACAAAGACGAAUGAACCCAAUGAAAAGAAGAUUAACUGUAAAUAAUUUUGAAACAUAUUCACAUGUUCAAGUCACAUUUGUAGAUAAUCAGUCAGAGGAAUACGUUACGAUACCUAAAAGCGAAUAUGAAGAAAUAAAAAAUAGAGUUUUAGCAAUUGAAUCUCGUCUUUCUCAAGAAUUCAAAUGUAUAAAUAAUGGAAAUGGUGAGGAGAAUGAUGAUUUAUUAUUGCAUUCUGUGAAAAAAGUACAAACUGCGUAUGAAAGGACAUUGGAAGAAGCUAGUAUUGAAAGUACAGUGACAACAGACUACUUAGCUAAAAAACUUGGUAAAGAACUUAAAAUUAGAAGAUCAGAUGACCACAAAAUCAUCAGGUCUCCAAGUGCUCGAAAAAUAGGAAGUUUAAGAAGGAGAUCACAAGAAAAAGUGAUGAGCAAACGUGUUAGACGAACUGCUUCGUGGCACAUUUCUCGUGGAUCAGAUUUGCAAUCACAUACACAGUCUGAUCAAGAUUUGAGCAAUGCUUACUCCCAUAAUGAAAACACAUUUUCACUGAAUUAUACAAAAGACGAUGCUGACUUACGACCUAUAUCUACAUCCCUUUGGGAAAAAGGAGAUAAUAUAAUAUUAAAUAAUGUAUGCGAUGAGUUUAAAAAUUCAAAUGUAUAUACAAAAAAACACAAUCAAAAUUCUUUUCAAUCGGUGAAAGAUCGAACAAUCACGACGGUACGUCGAGUAUCGUCUUUUCAUGGUGAUGAACUUACAAAUACGGCCACAUAUUCCGAUAGCAAAGUUGAAAAACUGAAGAAGACGAAUAGCCAACAAAAUAUGAUUUUAAACAGUACACCUGUAGGUAAACUGAUUCCAAAAUCUGAAGAGAAAAAGAAAGCUGUUAUAUCCUGGAAGGAUGCAGAUGGAUAUUUUGGAUCAACAAACCAAACGAAAUCUCCAAUUACUCAAACUGGUCGUGCAUCUAUCGCAAAAUUAAGAACUCAGAAUGCAGGAAUGGUACUAGCUAAAGCUAAAUUAUUUGAUGAGUGCACAGCAAAAGUACACUCUCAAAACACUACUAUAAACAAGAAAAACGGUCUACUUUGUACAGAGGAUGAUCAGUGCAUGAAUAAUAUAAAACAUAAUUGUGAACGGACAGAAUUGUGUCGAAAAUCAAAUAAAAAUGUAAAAAGUAGAAAUUCAAAAUUGAUAUUGAAACAUUCUCCUUCUCGUACUAUGAUGGAAACCGAAAAUAAGGAAAAGGAUAUUGAAAUGUGUUAUUGUAUUUCCAAAGACUUUAUGACAUGCAAUACAGCCACUCAUCAAAAAGAAAAUAGGAAUGUUAAAACAUCACCUUUAAUGCAAAAUGUACCUGUGGAUAUGAUAUCACAGAAUUCAAGACUAAGUAUCUAUAAAGUUGAUAAUAACGUGCUGUGUAAGACUCCGCAUAUUAAGAAACCAUUAACUGUAAAAACACCUAAAAGUGGCAAAGCAUUAGUAAGAAGACCUCUAGUGGAUUCUCGUAGGACACCUUUAAAGGCUGUUGGUCAAUUAGGAACUCCAAAGUAUCAGAGUCCUAAAAGUAUUUUAAAGACACCAAGAAAUAUCAGUAGACACUCUUAAUUUAAAGUACAAAUUUAUCAGAAAUGUGUUCAAGAAAGUCUAUUCUGCAAUACUUUCAAUUAUAAAUUGAUAAAAGUACUAUGAGAUUGUCUUACAACUUAGAAUCUCAGAACCAAGUUUAGAGAAAAAGUUUAUUCUCAUAACACAUCCUUACUAUAUAUGCUAUAGUUAUAGUACUUUUAUGUAUGAUAAAUUGCCAUAAAUAUACAGAAUAGUAUUUUAUAUAUGUUAUAUGAAAACAUAAGUGUGUGAUAAACAUACUGAACCAAUGAUUUUGUCAUACAUUUUAAUACUAUAAAAUAUAGAACCUUUUUAGACAAAUAUUUUUGCUUGAAGAAGUUAUGUAUUUAUAUAUAUAUAUAUGUUCUUUUGUACUUGUUUUCGUGUUAUUAAUAUACAUAUAUGUUUACAUACAUUUAGCAAAGUACAAACGUGUAUUUUUUUAAUUGCAAUAUUAAUUUUUGAAAUUUCGAAACUUGUCCCAUUUUUAAAGAUUGAAUUUUUUAUACAUACCGUAAAAAAUACAAAUAUACUGCCGCAAUUUUUUAUAAUACAAUAUUGUAUUUUCUGUUUUAUGAACCACAUGUAAUUUGUUCAUAAAUAAAUAAAACUUACACGAAGUUA